UUAAUCAUACUGAUUUAUUGUAUAAAUUUUACAAUAAAUAUUUUUUCUUAUGUAACAAAUGUAUUUAUUAUAAUAUCCUUCAAUAUUAUUCACACCGUAUAAAAGAGCAUCCAUAGCUGGAUGGAGAGUCAUAGUCACUGUCAUAACAUUUACAGUAUCUUACAUGUGUCACACGUAACAUAACCUUACCUUGAUAUCGGAUUUUAACGGUGCUGCCACCGAAGAAUCUUCACCUGAUUUAUUUCCAUUCCACGAAACUUCGUAGUGUCACAGUAACAUUCUAUCGUGACACAUAGAGCGCCCACGGUGGAAUCAAUUUCAAACACAGUAAGUGAUACCCAGAUGGUGCGUGGACAUACAUUCGAAGAGGUGACCUAGACUUCUGUUUACUCUGCCGUGAGUGUAUCAAGGGUAAAACUGGGAAGUAGGCAGUGCGAAUAAAACAGAAUAAAUAGAGUCUAAUAAGCAUAGAAAUAUAAAGACAGAGUACGCGAGUCAUACGUGACUGUGUAAGUGGAUGCAGUAUGGAAAUAAAAAGAUAAAGCUGCAUAGAGGGUUUUGUCUAAUCUGAUCGGUGUUAUACUUACAUAUUUACUAUACGAAUGUGUAUGCGUUAUUAUACAAAAGCCAUAAGAGGUCUCUAUGCAAUGUUCAUUCUCUAUUCUUGUAUCACUUUUUCAGCUCGUUCACGCACUCUAUUUUUAUACCUUUAUGGCAAUAAGACAUUGUAGAGUCAGGUUAUUUUAUUAUUCAUCACAUAUUACAUAUUUCUUUAGUUUAGUUAAAAAUUAUUGGUCAAAUAUGGUUGCGUUUGAUAUCGUUUUGAUUGCACGAUUGUCGAUAAUCCGAUUAAGGUGUUCUCCUUAAGGUAUUACCCGACUAAGGUAACAGUAUUCUAACAGUAUAAUAAAAGAUUAAAAAAGAUUAUACUUUUCCUAUUCCGAUAAUUCGGUAUCGGGUUGAAUUACAAUACAUCGGUGGAGAUCAUUGAUAACACAAAACAUUGAACCAUGGGUUUCAAGAAUUGAUGGAGAUAACCCUAUAGGGGGUCAAGUUUGUUGCCAUAUGCAUGUAUCUACACAUUGCUGUGUACGUCACAGUUGCAGAAUCACGUUGGUAAUCACAAGAAAAGAGGAUGGAGCACCUUAGAAACAAUAGUUCUGGUUCUUUGGCCAUUGAAAGUGUCCGUGAAAGUCGUGUGCUCGUUCUUUAUACCGGCGGUACCAUUGGAAUGAUUAGAAAUGAAGAUGGAGUUCUCGUACCUAAAGCGAACGCUUUCGUGAAAAAACUGCGAAAUUAUCCACACAUGUACGACCGAGAAUACGCGGAAAAACGAUUCGGAUUGAUGGGACCGCUUGUGCUUCCAAUGACUGCGACAGACAGCAAACGUGUCAUUUAUAACGUAUUGGAAUAUUCGCCACUCUGUGAUUCUAGUAACAUGACAAUGGACGAUUGGAUUCGUAUUGCCCAUGAUAUCAAGCAAGCUUACGAACGUUUCGACGGAUUCGUAAUUCUACAUGGCACAGACACGUUAAGUUACACGGCAUCUGCUCUAUCUUUUAUGCUCGAAUCUUUGGGCAAAAUAGUUAUUUUAACUGGCUCUCAAGUCCCAAUUUUCGACAGCAGAAGCGACGGUUUGGAUAACUUCCUGUCAUCCCUAAUAAUAGCUGCAAAUUACAACAUACCAGAAGUAUGCGUAUACUUUGGAACAAACUUGAUGAGAGGAAAUCGUACCUGUAAAAUAUCGGCCACUUCGUUCGAGGCGUUCGAUUCACCAAAUUUUCCACCGUUGGCUAAGGCCAACAUCACGAUAGAAGUGGAUUAUCGGGCAAUAUUCCGACCAUUUACGUUGGAAAAGUUUCACGUAUACGCGUCCUUGAACAGAAAUGUUGGAUUGCUACGGAUAUUUCCAAGUAUGACUACGCACUUGGUAAGGACGUUUCUACAGCCCCCGAUCGAAGGUGUGGUGCUACAGUCCUAUGGAGCAGGGAACGUGCCCACGAACCGAGAGGAUAUAAUUAAAGAAUUGUCCGCAGCUACAAAACGCGGGGUCAUCAUCGUCAAUAUUACACAAUGCGCGACAGGCUGCGUUAAGAAUUCAUACGCACCUGGAAAACUUCUCGAGGAAGCUGGUGUAAUAUCAGGUUCUGAUAUGACACCAGAAGCUACGUUGACUAAACUCGCUUACGUAUUAUCGAAGAAAGAAUGGGAUUUACAAACGAAGCGUCAAAUGAUGCAAACGAAUCUCCGCGGAGAAUUAACUGCUCAACGACCGCCGUAUCUCGAGGAUAUAGAUCUUGUGGAGGCAGUUGCAAGAUCUUUGAGACUUUCUUCAACGGCGGAACGUCAAGAAUUGGGAUCGAUUCUUUUCCCUGCGAUGUUGAACGCUGCCGUGAGGAGCCGUGAUGUCGUGAAACUCGAAAUCUUGAAAGGAUACGGUGCAGAUAUAUCGCAACAAAAUGCAGAUGGUCGCACGGCAUUGCAUAUUGCUUGCUGCGAAGGUGAUUUAAAUGUUGUCCACUGUCUUUUACGAAUGGGUGCGAACGUUCACAUCAAAGAUCGAUUUAACCGUACACCACUUACCGACGCGAUAGAAUUCGAUCAUCACGAGAUCAUUAAUAUUCUAAUACAUAAUGGUGCACACUUACACGGAAGCGCAUAUAUAAUAGGGGAGAAAAUGUGUGCCGCUGCAGCCGUCGGAAACGUGAAGCGUUUAACGUCGUAUCAAUUAGCGAACGCAGACCUCUCGCAGAAGGAUUUUUCUGGCAGGACACCCUUGCAUUUCGCAGCGCUACAUAAUAACAUACAAGCUGUUAAAUUCUUAUUGGAUCAUAAUGUGGAGACGGAAUGUUUCGAUAAAACGGAACAAUCGCCGCACGAUCUUGCCAAAGCGUCGGGUUCCGCAGAUACGGCGAGUUUGUUGUUGCCGUUUUAUUCCCCGAACUCGCUAGUUACGAAGGAAACUUCGAGAUGAAAGUGAAACGACCGCUAGUCCGCAGCUAUAACCACGCAAUUUUACACAAGAAAUCACACCAGACUAAAAAUAAAACCCGUGUAUCUGCGUUUAAGUGCAAUAGUAUAAAAUGGACAUCUAUUCAACUAUCUUUGUAUUGUAUUCGCGUCCUAGUUGAAAUAAUAUGAUUGCGAAGACGGCG